UUCAUAUCUGAAACAAUAAACCGUACCUGUCUCCCUAAAACACCUCGUAUCUCUCUAGAUCCCACUUGGUCGUUGUCUUCUUCUUCUUCAUCAUCAUUAUCCCAAAAUGUCUGCAACAACCAAAGCCAAGAAACCCAAAUCCCCUCGCGCUUAUCCAUCUUUCCACGUGAUGAUUAGUGAUGCAAUUUUGACGUUGAAGGAGAGGACAGGAUCGAGCCAGUAUGCGAUAACGAAGUUUCUAGAAGAAAAGCACAAGAAAAAGCUGCCUGCUAAUUUCAGAAAACUUUUAUUAGUUCAACUCAAGAAACUUGUUGCUUCUCAGAAGCUUGUCAAAGUCAAGAACUCCUUCAAACUACCUUCGGCUCGGCCUGCUCCUGCUAAGAAACCACAAGCCACUAAGGCCAAAACUGCCAAGUCGAAGCUGAAAAAGAUAACAACCACUGCCAAGCCGAAGCCGAGAAAGAUAGCGACCCCUGCCAAGCCAAAGCCGAAGCCGAGAAAGAUAGCGACCCCUGCCAAGCCAAAGCCGAAGCCAAAAGCCAAUGUUGCAGCCAAGCCGAAGGUGAAAACUCCUGUGAAAGCGAAGCCGGCUGCUAAGCCAAAGAAGGCGAUUGCAAAACCAACUAAGGUAGCGAGGACAAAGAAGGUUGCAUCACCGGGGAAGAAGGCUGUAGCGGUGAAGCUCAAGAGUGUGAAGAGAAAAGCAGCGAAGAAGUGAAGAUUUUGAUAUAGUGUGUGUGUGUUUUUUAGGGCGUGUAGAUGGGGGGUAGUGAUUGUAAAUUUGAAAGAAAAGGGAGGGUGCUAAUGGUAGUUAGUUUUACAUUAAACAGGAAUGUUGCUUUUUCUAGGUUAUCUUUCAGCUUGACUAAUUAACUAUUAGUUUUUGUUUUUGUGCAAUUUUGGUGUGUAUUUUUUUCUGUUUUAUUUAUAAGAACUACGUCUUUCUAAA